UCGGAAUCAAUGGCCGGCUCCCACGACGUCCGAUCCAUUAUCGCUGGCAUAACGAGCGACUCCGAAUCUUCGCGCAAGCUGUCCGCCUACCAUCUGCAAUCACUUGUCAGCGAUGCUUCGUUUGCGCGUACCUUUGUGCAGGCUCAAGGUGUCCCUGCUCUGAAGCAGAUCAUCCUUGAAGAAAAUGGAAACGCUCUUGCCUAUGCGCUAGGUAGCUUGACCCGUCUGCUGGAAAUGGAACUGGGUUGGGACCGAUUGAGCUCAGAUGUGAUAGAACGUGCUGUCCAAGUUGUCGUCACUCGCCCUGUUAUCAAUGUCCUUCGCAACGCGUUGCAUCUACUGGUUCUUGUGGUAUCACGACCUUUCAACCCCUACAAGCUGCAGCAACCUUCCGAAGACGAGUUUGGUUUCAAGGCUCUGGUUCCGCUUUUGCAAGUCCAUUCCAACUUCCUCGAUUGUUUGGUGGACAAAUUGGCAUCUGCUGAUCACGCAUUGUGUGCCAAUGCUCUGCAUUUGGUAAACGCGUUGAUGCGAGACUCUGUUGCUAACGGAGGAGAAACCGAAUGGCCCAAAUUCAUCAACAGGCUGCAAGAACUGGGUGUCAUCAGUGGUGUCGAGAAUUUGAUGCAUGGAGACACGCUUCAUGAGAUCGCAUCUCCUGUUCUUGAAUUCCAAAGCCUAAUGAAGAUACUCCUUGCCCGUUGGAGGCACAUAUUGGUCGAUCUGGAAAAGGUAGAGCAUCGGCAAGCUCUCAAAGAGCUUCAAAUCUCUAGUUUCCCGUCGAAUUAUCGAGCUAAUCAGGAAGAUCUCAAUUCCGAUAAGUGGCAACGUCUGGGCUUCUCAUCUGAUAGUCCGGCGGCGGAUCUAGAAGAGACGAGAUUCUUGGGCAUGAUGAACUUUACAGAGUAUGUACGCAGGAAUCGGGACUCUUUCCAAAGGGAACUACUAGAGCAGAGUGUUUUACCCCUGGAGCAACGCUGUCCUAUUGCAAAAGUAAGCUUAAGCGUUACAAUGGUCCUUUACGAGCACUUUGAGGUCGCCAAAAUGGACGGACAGGAUCCUACGACAAACACCACCAAUCCCGAGGACAUCGAAGAAGCUGAGAGGCUUGUGAAGCCUCUUNUGCUGCGAUGGGAAGACGUGCAUGGUGCCUCACUCAAAGCAUUUAUCAGACUUUGGAAAGAAGCAGGCGCGACCACUGAUGACUAUCGCAAGAUCGACGACCUUUCGAGACUCCUAUUCAGAACAAUACUGGGCCAAGCAGAUAGACGAACAACCAUGGAUCAAGUUGAGGAACAACUGAGCAGCACCAACUUAGCGAAGGUCAGAGAGUGGCAACUGCAGGAUGUCUCGCAAAUUUACGAAUAUGCUUGGGGUCAAGAUUUGAGAAACCUUCGUGAGCAGACACACACGGAUGCUCUUCUGUUCAUGCGCGAGCAGCGUAUAAAGUGUUUAUUGAACGGCGCCUGGUUCCCCAUCAUCACAUCCUCCACAGCACCUUCCGAUCUAUCCAUCACCUCAGCAGAAUCACAAAAGUUGCGUGUUACUGCGUGGCGCUUCGUUCGUCUAUCCAACGACAGAAAAUAUCUCCACCACGCAUCCCAUAAUACCAAGCUCAACAAGACACCACAACUACACGAACUCAACGAGAAGCUAGAUCUGGAAACUAUCAGUUCGGUUGACUCCAGCGUAGCCCGGUCGGAUGUUCUGAUCGGCGAUGAUGUGGCCCCCAAUGACAAACCCAUUUCUUCUACAGGCACAAUUACACGAUUGACCGUUUUCGGCAACUCAAACAUCUAUGCGAAAACACAGACGGCAGNNGGGGAGUCGGUGUUGCUCGAAUUGAACACUGGCAGUACAUCGCUGGCCUCUGAAUGGCUGGAUGGUCUUCUUAUGCUGCUGAACCAACAACCGAUUACUGCAGACACUAACAAGCUGGUUGACCUGCUCGAGCAGUGGAGCUUGACAAUUCGCAUGCUGAAUUUGCGUUGGGAAGACGUGGAUUGGGAGCGAGCUCAAGAUAACAAGCAAUUGCCUGUGCCAAGUAGGGUUGGGCUGGACGACGAUUUCUGGUAUGAGAUGUAG